AUGCUAUAAAUUCUAUUGUUUUUAGUGGUUUCGACUUUUGCCCAGGAAGAGACUGAGGAAGAGAUUCUUUCAAGGAAAAUUGGAGCUUGUUGGAUAAAGACAAUUAAGGAUAUCAAUAAUGAGAAGGAGAGUAUGACUCAAAUUAUCGAGAGCGUUGAAAACGGAAACAAAACCUCAAUAUUUCACAAGAUCCAAAUGUAAAUGAUUUUGUCUUGUGUCUAAGUAAUUGAUGUGAAUAGCGAGAUCUUAUCCAGUUUGGCAUACAAGGAAGUGGUGAAGGACUUUAAUUACAAACAAUUCAUUGGGAUGGAUGUAACUCUAACAAAGGAAGAGGAGGCUUUAUUGAAGAUAAUUAAGAAAUUGGAAAAGGAUUUAGGUGAAAUGGACAAGAAAAACAAACUUAAAUAAUCCUAUCAAUAGACUCAGAAGGUUGAAACAGAGUGGUAGAACGCAUGGAAGGAAUAGUCCUAAGAGUCUUCCUUGUUAUCAAAACCCAAUUAUUUCCAUUAUGCUUUUUUCCUAGUGCUGAUUGUUGCUAUUUUUGGAGGAGGUUAUUGGAGUUUAAAAUCUAUCUAAGCAAUGAACAAUUAAAAGAAUUCAAAAUAACGAAAGAGAAAUUGAUUUCUGUUUUAAUUAUAUCUUAAUAUUGUUAAU